AUGGAGAAAGUAUUUGUUAUCUUAGCAAUUUUAGGGGCUAUUAGCUUUCUUUCUGGCUCUUUAUCCUUCUUUGUUAUUGGUGUUCAUCCAAGUAAUGGGACCAUCAGUGCUAUGACAUUUACUACGCCUGUACUACCAGCUAUCUCCAUCUUUUCCGUAAUAACAGCUUUACUAACUUAUAAUCAAAAGCCGAAUGCUACUCUUUUAGCUUCUAUCAUGGCGUUGUCGGUAUGGAGUAUAGCCCUAUCGACCGUUAAUAUUAUAACAUACUGUUAUAUCUUUAUUAGCAACAAUUAUUUUAAUACUGCUCCGCAAUGCAUCCUCUUCAUUGUCAAUAUUGCUACCGCUUUAGGUAUUAGUGGAUUGUCUUGUUUAAGCGUCAAUAGGUAUUAUAAAUCGUUGUCUGCGUGCAAUGAUUAUGAAAGAUGCAGUGGCUGGGUACGAUAUUACUGGACAGAUGAAUUUUGUUGUACAGGUUCAAAUCAAUAUUAUGGUAGUGUAGGCCAGGGCCAAGUCAUUGCCAGUAUUACGCUAUUAGUCAGUAGUAUCGUUGGUUUGUUUGGCGAAAAUAGUGUUUUCCCCAUGUUAUUUAUCCUAGCUGGUACUUGUCUAUUGACUGCGGGCAUACUAGGCAUCAUCACAUCUAAGUUACAAUUACCCGAUGCUGGUAUAUGGUUUCUCACUUUCAGUCGUGCUGGAGGAUGUGGCUGUUGGGUAUCGGUUAUGUGUAACGUUAUAUUUAUUGUUCAUGCAAAGGAAUAUUCUCGGUGGAAUACAGCAACCUCGUUGGUGAUAUUUGCAUUUACAGCUAUAUCAAGUAUAGCUGGAUUUUUCUUAUCGGUUUCUGUAGAAGUAAUUAUUGGAAGUCGAUUAGGGAUGCAUAAGUAUGAUCCGGUGAAAAAUGGUGAACCUUGGCAGGGUUAUAGCCAAGCAUUGAAAACCAAACAAUUUGUCUUGUGCUUCAUAUUAACGCUCUGUGGUUGUAUCUUUAUCGCGAUUACCUUUCUAACGGCAAUACUCUUGCAUGCUGCACCUUUUGUACUUUUUACUAGCUUAACAUCCUAUUUUUUGAUUGCUGCCGGUAGAACUGCAGGAAAUAUAUUGAAAAGAAAAAAUGUUUCAAUUCACAGUUGUUAUUUAGUUCUGUGCAGCAUGAGUAGCUUUUGUCUAGCAGCCAACUUUGUUCUAUCCAUCCAUCAGUUGCUCUUGUGGAUAUUGAUCGAUAAAUCGCCACAUAAAUCGCCUGCCUUUAUGAUUAUUGAUCUAGUCAACAUCGGGGUGUCAUUAUUCUGUCUUUUUGCUACAUUGUACAGCGUCUAUAUCUACGGUAACGAAGUCACUAAAGAUGUCUUAACGGAAGAAGCAGAUGCUGCAUCUGAAGUUAGGAAGGAUUUACUGUAG